UUUGCACUGACAAGGCGCUCUGAGGACCUCCCUCCUUUGCUGAAGCUCUGAUUAAUUUUUCCGUCCCGGACGAACACUGUGACUUUGCACUGACAAGGCGCUCUGAGGACCUCCCUCCUUUGCUGAAGCUCUGAUUAAUCUUUCCGUCCCGGACGAACACUGCGACUGGCGGUUCCGUCAAACCGUUAACCAACAACCAGCCGUUCUUUGGAUCUUUAGACGUCAGUAUGCUGUUGCUUCAUCUGAUUCAUCUGCCGUUCUCGUUUUCGGCUUCAGUAUGGCCCCAAACGAUGUACGAUGAUACCAAGACCAGGGUUUGACUCCCAUGCUUCCAUCAAAUUUGUUCUCAGGGACAGUGCAAUGGACGGCAAUGCCAACUUUGCUGAUCUGGAGGCACUGGAGCCCGACGUGAAAGUGCCCUUCUACAUCUAUCAAACGCCGGCGAUGAGGAAGCUGUACGACGGCUGUCAGCGCACUGCACUCAGCAUUCUCGACGGAAGGUGGCCUCCUCAUUUGCCCAAGGGCAUGGGUGAUGUCAACAGAAAGAACUAUGGUGUGUAUUCCGAUUGUUCGGCCUUCGAAAGAGAGAACAUUCCCCUCUUUCAACGUUGCAGAUGAGGUCUUCUGGCUCGAUCAGCUCUGGAACGAUUCUUGGAGGACGUUUGACCCAGAAGAUGCCCUCGUCUUUGUUAUCCCGGUGUAUCCUGGUGCGUACACCGACUGCAAAUGUCUGAAUCACUUCUGUGAUUUCUAUAUGUUCUUAGUAUUGUCUCUUGAGCAAGCCUGUGAAGGAGACCGAAAUCAGACUCACGCACUGGCCGAGGCAGCAGUGAGGGAGGUGAGAUAUGAAUGCUUGCCUCUUACACUGAUGCGUGCUUGUUCAGAUCAUGCAGCUGCCCUACUUUGGAAGGAACGAAGGACUUGAUCACAUUGUAAUGGUAGGCGCAAAUACACAGGAAAUGGACUUGCUGGUAAGGCUGUUGACUCGUCAGGGAAUUGAUUGGCGAUUUACACAUACGAAGAACAAAAGCAUCAAAAGAGCAUUCGGCAGGCGGUUUGCAGCAUUGGCAAAAAAAAUCUCAUGGGGGCGAAAAGUCGCUGAGAGAGGUUCGUUACCGGGAAUCUAUCUCUGUGUAUCUUGGCAUUGAUACACCACCAACCUUUCCAGGUUACGGUCACAUUGGUUGUGCGGUGACAUCACCUUUCACGUAUGCAUCGCGGAAAAAGAAAAGGAGAGAGAGAGAGAGAGAGAGAGAAAAUCGCUUCCACUUAUUUCUCUCUGUCGUGUCAGCUCAGUCCUGACCUUUCUGCAGAAAGGUAAUCAGCCAUUUGAAAAAGAAAGCCUUCUGGAGCGCGGCCUAAUAGACGCAAGAGAUGUCUUUGAGGACAACUGCAUACACACCGCCCGCAAUCCACCGUCGAAACAUGACUGGUUCGCAAGAGAUUACAGCAUGUUCUUCCAGGGUGAGGCAUACAAAGGCAAUUCGUGCCUGUCUCAACAUAGUGCUAAUGGCUCCCCUCAGGUCAAACGAGUUUUCGGCGUGGGUACAUCUACCGACGACUUGCUUUUCAACAUCUUGUUGGCUGGAAUUUCACCGCCAAGUCAUGUCUUAGGCAAAACAUUACAUGUCGCAGGAACCCAAACGUCUUCGUUUCUUCGUCCACAAACAAGCUCCUGAAUUUGGUCGGGAGCGACACUCAGAUGCAACAACUGCUCCCGAAUUGCCCGCGUCAAGCUAAUGAGAGACUUUUGUUUGAUGAUGCCUCUUUCGGUGGGCAUUCUCAAGAGCCUGGGCUUGGAAAGUUUGAGGGAUGCCGACUUCAAGUAUCAACGAAAGACGCGAAUGUAGCAGCCCGCAGGGCUGCGACCUUCCUGCAUCGGCUUGCAAACUCCAAGUUGAAUCUCUGUUUCAGAGGCGAUGAUGUGACGUCAUCGCGAUACGUGGAUGGAUUCAGAAGCCGCACUCUCAACGUCUUAAUCACGGAGGCUGAGGAAAUGUUCAAAUACGCGAUGCCUUUCCAGGUUCCGAAGAACAGCUUGAAUUCACUUUGUUCCGCGUUUUCCGCCUCUCUCAGUGCGAAAUUCCUUGGCGCAAUUUCACCUUUGUCAUUGAUGGGCCUUUGUUCAAGGCAGAUCCCCGAAAGGCUCUGACUCCUAUCCUCGAGGAGGUCUAUGGAGAUCAUGCAGCCAUCAGAGAGAGGCUGCGGCUCAUGGAUUAUUAUAGCAAGAAGAUCUUGUGGGACGCACCUGGCAGCACUACGGCACGCUCAGUGCUUCGAGCCAUGACACGACAAUGCCUAACUGAAAAGGCGAAGGCCGACUUCAUCAGAAGAACGUCUAAAUGGAAACAUGGUGAGUGGAUGCGACUAUGCAACGCGGGCGGUAUGCAUGCAAUUCUCAGAUAUUCAAGGCGCAUCGACAAAUGAGGGAAAUGUUCGAGACCAUCCUCUCUUCUGGAAAUGCUCGUUCCCUGACCAUUCAGCACCACGUGAGGAACAAUUCGGCCAGCAUUGACCUGUGACAGGUCAAUACAUGAUGGUAAUUGACUUGUGUUGAUUGAUGGUAAUUGACCUGUGUUGAUGCCUGACGGGUGGCCUUCUGCUUCUUUACCGUGCAUACUGAUUAUUUGCACCAAGUGAACAGCGUUCUGUAUAUCAACAGCG